AUGACGGCCUCAUCAACCAACAGCCGCUCCCUCCUCCUCAGCGGUCUCCUCCUUCUCCUCGGUUCAGCCGCAGCAGCGCCAGCGGCAGCUCCCAUCGUGUCCUUCCAGCAGUCCCCCAACUCAAACCACGCCACCACCGCCUCCUUCCUCACCGACGACAACCUCCCCGCCGGCUGCACCAACACCUCCCUGCACGGUUUCCAAUGGACCGUGUCCGACUUCCACUACUCCUCCGAUUUGAUAUACACCACGCCCUCGCACCGCAUCAACGGCGCCACGGUCCGGUUUAAUUUGACUAGCAACGCGCUGCCGGAGUUGAACGUGUACUGCGAUGCUUAUAGCAGUGAUUUUUCGGUUCCGUUUUAUGGGCAGAGGGUUUAUAAUUGUAGCACGGUUGUGAAUUCAAGUGCCACUGAUGAUGGGAGUGAUGGUGGGAGUGGGCGGUUCAAGACGCAGUUUCGGUAUUGGUAUGGUAGUAGUCAGAGUGUGGAGGUGAGGCAGACUUGGGAGUGUGAUGAUUUGGAGGGGCCGGGGGAUAUGGCCAUCUUCUCCGCCAACGGCACUUCUGCCGAGCAGACCCCCAACUGCACCUUCGAGGAGCACCAGACGCCCCCCGCCGAGUGGAAGAAUGGCGAUACCUACUACUGGAAUGCCGAGGCUUGCACUCUCCCCGAGUUUUCGUUUGCGCCGUCUGAGCUUCAGGUGUUUGCACCUCCAUACUACCCGCCUUCCAUCUCCGAACAGAUCACCGACCAGUUCCUCUCCGACUCCUCGUACCUGCAAGACGAACGGGCCGAACUCAGUCGAGAACUCGGGCACGAAGUCAUCGUCGAAGCCGACUGGCAGCGUUUACUGGACGAAUACGGCGAGCAAAACGGCCCCACAAUCGUCAGAUCGGCCACCUACAUCCUGGGUAAAUGGUGUAUGGAGCUGCGCUUGAUUCUUGAUCGCGCGGAAAUGGAUGACUGGUUGAUCAAGCUUCUCACCCGCCUGGUCGAAGCCGGGGGGAAGCUGAGGGUCAUGCUGGACGUGUGGGAGGAUGUUAAAUUGGGUACCAGCUGGUCCGAAGAGAGGGGUGGUUUCUUCGUGCACUUGCCGAAGCAUUUCUUGUUCGUGAGAAGGGCCUGGAAUAAGGGAGAGGACGUGCUUUCCGAGGAGUUCAAGAAGAGUUUGUUGUCGUGUUUCCAGGCGACGGAAAAGGGAAAGGAGGACUCGAAACCCGAGCCGGGGAAGGGAGCGGGAACGGCGACGGAGUUGGAGUCGGGGUUGGAGCAGCUUAGUGUGAGGGAUGAGACGGGUGCGGCUGAAGCUGCUUCGGCCGCUGCUUGUAAGACAAAGCCGACUACCGCGAACUCGAAGACGACCACGACCUCAUCCGCGUCCUCUACCCAGCCAAAGCCAACCACCUUCCCAACCGUCGCCUCCCUUCCGUCGCUCGCCGAAAUCUGCUCGAAACCGCCCUACCAUAUCACCAUCCAGGACAGCUCAAACUCAAAUCCUGGUUGGAUCAGCAUCCUUGGGAGUCAUGGCGCUUCGCUCAAGCUCAUUGACCAGUACAUCAGCAAAUGGACCCCAGACGUUGUCAUGGAGAGCGAGGAUAAACCGCCGCAUGUGACCAUUGAUCGCGUGGUGAAUGGGGCGGUGAGUACGCUGAUGGUCAGGAAAAUGGUCCAAGGAGCGGGAGCAAAGAGGCGGCAGUCAGUGACGGUGCCGGUGGUGUUGGCGAUAGUGGAAGGAACGCUGGGCUAUGAGGUCGUGUGGCAGGGAAGCGGGGAGUAUAGGUUGAGGAGAGAUGCGCCGUUUGUGUAUGAGUGA